UGUAAUUCGGAUAUACUAAGGAGAAUUAUAUUUUUACCUAAAAAUGAUAACACGAACUAUCAAAUUGCGUUUUAUUGUGUUUUUAUUAACUGCUUUAUGUUUCGGUUAUGGGCUAAUGGCAAUUAUGCUUCUAAAUAAAGAUAAAGAAGUUAUAAGCACAGAGCAAGUCCGGUUGAAUAGGAGGAAUGCAUUAAACAAAACAUCAUCCGAACUAUCUCCGGAGUUAUUACCAAAUAUGACGUUUCCAUUUUUCGAAGCUGAAAUGCAUGAAGAUUUCCCAACACUAAAGGAUGCUACACCGAAGAUUCCCCAUAUUUUACAUCAAACAUACAAAUCGGAAGAAAUCCCUACUCACUACGUUCCUAUGAUUAAGUCCUUCCUCGAGCUACACCCAAAUUGGACCUAUUAUUUCUGGACUGAGGACUCAGCCAGAAGGCUACUGGCAAAGAAAUACCCAUACUUUCUACCGAUAUGGGAUGGCUAUAAAGAUCCCAUGAACAGAGCAGAUGCUCUAAGAUAUUUUGUACUUUAUGAGUACGGCGGUGUUUAUACAGACUGUGAUGUUAGGUUUUUACGCCCGCUGGACAGAGCUACUAAAGUGUUUUCCGCAAUCCUACCCCUUGAACCGUUUGAACACAGCGUGUUCCGAUUGAAGAUGCCGUUCCUGACUAACAAUGCUAUCAUGAUGAGUCGCCCUAGACACCCAUUCUUUAAGCUUUUGAUGGACAGUCUAAAAUCUGCGAAAAACAGGAACUGGAUGCUGGUCGUUGCAGGGCCUGUUUUUGUCAACCGUGCAUUUGUAAAGUACAAUAAUAUAAAUCAAUCCGCACUUAGAAUAUUCAAAGAUAACCCUUCAGUCAACGGAUUAGUGCCAUACAACCUACAGGAGAUAUCAAAAUACCCAAUGACUCAUGAAAACCAUGUCCUUGUUCCGAAUACGCACUUUUUUCUAAAUACGCUGGCGUAUAAAUUUGAUGACGAUGGUGUUAUUAGACUGUGUAUAUAGUGAUAUUCUUGCAAACAAAGCGUUUCAGGUUGAUGGCAAAAGCAAGUGUAGACAGAGCGACUUCACAAAACUAUGCGUGAAUGAAUACAGAGCAAAUCCUGACAUGUGGAAAAGAGGAUGUAAUGAACUGAACAGACGAAAAUCACGUUCCAAAGAAGAACAGUUUAGAUUUACUUUUACGGAACAUAUGUGGUCUAGUUCGUAUUAUGAACCACAAUUUAACAUAACUAAGACAGUACAAAUAAACACUUUGGUAUCUAAGGCUGUUAUUUUCAAUUAAAGUGAAAAAAAAUAUCAUAAUACUUCACGUGAGUUUUCAAUGGUACAUUAAUAAAACCAUCAAUGUAUAAUGUAAUUCCAAUGUUACAAUAUCUAGUUUUCAAUAAACAAAAGUGUAUUUGAUAAUGUUUAUCGAAAUCAUUGGAUACAGAUAUUGAAUAUCAACUUCGAUACGCACCAUGGCUCACAACGAAACCCUAGAGGCUUAUGGUUAAAAUGAAUGGCUGUAUUCUAAACUCAU